GCACAGGGCACACGAAAUACUGCUCUGCUUCUGAGAAAAACACCGGGCUUCUGGCCCCAACUGCCCGGCCCCUCACGAAGAUGUUUCCAGGAGUCUGGUUGUGCUGGGCCUCACUCCUGCUCCUGACCAGGCCCAUCCAGCCUUGCCCUAUGGGCUGUGACUGCUUUGACAGAGAGGUAUUCUGCUCAGAUGAGCAGAUGGCCACCAUUCCACCGGACAUCCCCCCACACGUCACAAACAUCGUCUUCGUGGAGACUGUCUUCACCACAGUGGGGACCAGGGCUUUCCACUGUAGCCGCAACCUGACCAAGGUGGUCUUCCUCAACACUCAGGUCCGUCACCUGGAACCCGAUGCCUUUGGGGGACUGCCCAGCCUGGUGGACCUGGAGGUGACAGGCAGCCCCCUCUCCAGUCUCAGUGCCAACGUCUUUUCUAACCUGAGCUCACUGGGGAAGCUCACCUUGGACUUCGACAGGCUGGUGGCUCUGCCUGAGGACCUCUUUCACCACAUGGACAACCUGGAGUCCCUUCAGCUUCAGGGAAACCAGCUUCAGACCCUGCCUGGGAGACUGUUCCAGCCUCUGCGGAACCUGAGAACCCUCAACCUGGAGCAGAACCUUCUGAGCAAGCUCCCUAAGGGGCUGUUUCAGUCACUCAGCAGCCUGAAGAUACUGAAGCUGAGUAACAACAUGCUUUUCAGCCUCCCCGAGGGCUUGCUGGACAAUCUGGGCCGCCUGCAGGAGCUCUUUCUGGACAGCAACGGCAUCACGGAGCUGUCGCCACAGGCUUUCUCCCAGCUCCUCAGCCUGGAGAAUCUGUGGCUGCAGCACAAUGCCAUCCGAUACCUGCCGGCCUCCGUCUUCGCCUCCCUCCGCAAUCUGACCUAUCUCAACCUACAGGGCAAUGCGCUGCGGGCUCUGCCCGCCACCCUCUUCACCCACAACCCAGGGCUGCUUCACCUGUCUCUGUCCUACAACCAGCUGGAGGGCAUCGCCGAGGGCACCUUCGCCAACCUGUCCCGCCUUGUUUCCCUCACGCUUGCGCACAACGCCAUCACACACCUUCCCGAGGAUGUCUUCAGGGACCUCGAGCAGUUGGUCAGGCUCUCUUUGAACGACAACAACUUGACGGCCUUGCACCCAGCCCUCUUUCAGAACCUGUCCAGGCUUGAGCAGCUCAACUUGUCGAAGAACCAGCUGACCAUGCUCCCCGGGGGCAUCUUUGACACCAACUACGACCUCUUCAACCUGGCCUUGUCCAGCAACCCCUGGCAGUGUGACUGCCACUUGGCCUACCUCACGAGCUGGCUCCGCCUCUACAACGACCGGAUCCUCAACACCCGUACCUACUGCGCAGGCCCAGCCUACCUUAAGGGCCAACCGGUGCCCAGCUUGAAGAAGGAACAGCUGGUGUGCCCUGCCACCCCGGGCCACUUGGGCUUCCUGGCCCUGGGGCUGGAUGACAGGGAGCCAAUGGGCAGUUGGGAUCCGGCAGUGGAAGGGAGGGCAGCCCACAGCCAGUGCAUUUAUAGCAACCCCGAGGGCACCGUGGUCCUCUCCUGUGAGGAGGCCCAGUGUCGCUGGCUGAGAAUCCAGCUGUCUUCCAGACAAGGCUCGGACAUCCCGGCAAUGGCUUACAAUUCUAGUCAGGAGUGGGAGUUAAGGUCAAGCUGUGGCUCCAUGAGGGUCUUUGUGUCUAUUGAGGCUCAAGCUGCUGGGCCCUAAGUGCAGCGAAUAGACCCAGAAGCCUGAACAAGUGACUUCUUGAGGCGGGGGGAGCUGAAUGUCUGAAGCUGACAUAAGGGACAUGGCUGCAUCUCCAGGGUGGGGGGGAGCGAGGCCUGCUUCACCUAGUGUCUCUUCGUCUUCCUCACCACACACUCACCUGUGGCCUAAAAAGCUCAUCCUCAAUCCAACUUUGGAAACCACACCAUGGCCUAGAGCAGUGGUUCUCAACCUUCCUGACUCCGUGACCCUUUAAUACAGCUCCUCACAAUGUGGUGGCCCCAAACCAUAAAGUAAUUUUCAUUGCUACUUCAUAACUGUAAUUUUGCUACUGUUAUGAAUCAUAAAUGUAAAUAUAUUUUGGAGAUAAGAGGUUUGUCAAAGGGGUCAUGACCCACAGGUUGAGAACCACUGGUCUAGAGACUAAAACAAUGUGGCCACAAUAUUUUCCUAUUGUUUAACCCCACCAUACUCCCUGAUCUGAAUUCUAGACUUGAGAUAUGUUCACCACUAUACAAAGUAGAAGUCACAUCCCUUUGAUAGAUGAAAAGCCAUUUCUGUUCUCACGAUAGAGAGAGGAAAGGGAUGUCAGAGGAGCUGAGCUGUCUAGAAAAGGCUAGGGCAGGAGUGUGUGGGGAAACAGUAUUGUCCUGGCAACCUCUCAAGCUGCAUCCAGGAGAAAUCAAGGCGAGGGGCUGCCUUAGCCAGCAAAGCCCGGCUGCGUGGCUCUCAGGAGGGCAGUGUGGCUUUGCCCGUUCAGUCCACAAGAUGGUUGUUAAAGCCUGAGGAGGGGGAGGAGAGGAGCUGGUAGUUGGGGUAACUGCCUUGUGCCAUGGCUUUCAGGGCAUCUGACACUGCACCGCUCGGUCACUGAACGGCUCUCCUCUUCCUCUGGUUUCUAAGAUGUCUCCGCUAUCCCAUCUAGGGGUGUCCCUCAGCCACCAUUCAGGGCAUGGGCUCUGCAGCACCAAUGGCCUCACAUCUUCAUCUCAGGCUCUGCAUUUGUUAGCUGCACACCAUCCUCUGUACGAUCAACCAGAGAACAUCUAAACAGUGUCCCCACCAACUCCCAAUUCCCAUAACCAGAGAACAUCUAAACAGUGUCCCCCCCACCAACUCCCGAUUCCCAUAACCAGAGAACAUCUAAACAGUGUCCCCCCACCAACUCCCGAUUCCCUCUCAGCAGAAUGGCAAGUCCUGAUUAGGAGCUGGGGGUGUUCUCACACCUUUCCGUGCCCUAUCCUUAGACCAGUGGAUGGUGGGAGGCUGCUCGUUUGUUUC